AUGACCGCGGCCGUGACUUGGAACUCAAAUUCUUCUACUGGGGCAGAGCAAAUUCAGAUACCCGUCAAGGAAGUCAAAAUACCAGUACCGUGGGGCAACAUUGUCGCAAAACUGUGGGGAAAUGAAAAUAAGCGACCGCUCCUAGCAAUACACGGCUGGCAAGACAACUGUGGGGUAUGGGACCCACUGGCUUCUUUGAUCUCCGAUAAAGUACCGAUUCUCGCUAUUGACAUGCCAGGUCAUGGGUUCUCGUCGUGGCUGCCACCAGGUAUAGUGUAUGACACCUGGGAAAUAGUACGAUGCAUACAAGCAAUUAAGGAAUAUCUUAAGUGGGACAAGGUAUCAAUUUUGGGACACUCAAUGGGCAGUAUAGGGGGCGCACGUUACUGUGGACUAUUUCCUGAAGACGUUGAUAUGGUUAUGUCCGUUGAAAAUUUUGUCUAUGAAGAUAUGGACAUUAAUAUCCGUCUUCAAAUGCAUAUCUUCGGACUGAAAAAGGUCCAACUCAGCAAAUCCUUUGAGCCCACAUCCGAACCACCGGCGUAUACCAUGGAGGAAAUAAUAGAAAAAUGGUAUCUGGGUGCAGACAAAUCGAUUCUUAAAGAAAAUAUUCCGUAUCUGGUAAAACAAGGAGUUAAGCCGUCAACGAAACAUCCGGGAAAGUUUUUUUUCAGCCGAGACAUAAGAGUAAAAUAUGGCUCCUUUACACCUGAGAACAAUGACUACUUAGAGCUGCUCAUGAGACGUGUAAAAUGUCCAGUUUUAUAUUUUAGAGCCAAAGACUCUCACUACAAAUCUCUAUCAAAGGGCUUUCCCUUAAAAGUACAGAAAUUACUACAGGAAAAUAACCCGCACUAUGAAAGCCACCUCGUAGAAGGUACUCACCAUAUUCACAUUAAUAAUGCGGAUAAGUUAGCACCUGUAAUCCUAGAAUUUUUAGCAAAACAUAAUCGAUUUACUUGA